AUUAUUUUGUUAUGGCUAUGUUCCAAACAAAAGAUAAAAUUUAUUGAAACAGUAUGGGAUGACUUUGACAACUCAUGAUUUUUUCAAUACUGUAGUCUAUAUAAAUGAACACUCAAAUCAAUGAAAUGGACACGUUACUGGAAGGUGUACAAACUAUAGAAUUAUUAGAGGGACUUCAGUUGUUCAAAAUGGAGCCCUGCUUUGUUUGUAGUUCAAACUACGACCUUCGCCAAAGAGAGACGUGCAUAUUACCAUGCUGUCAUAAAAGCAUAUGUAGCCGAUGUUUAGAGAAAAUUCUUAAUGAUCAAGAAGUAGACAAAAAAUGUCCACAUUGUCGAAAGACGCUUGAACAAGAGACACUGGCAGAUUUCAGUCUGAAUGUAGUCAUCCAGGAAGCAUUGAAUUUUCAGCACUUUGGAGAAAUUGACUGUGAUCAGUGUACACACGAGAGAAAAGAAAAAGCAAUAAAAAUAUGCAAUAAAUGUGGAUCACUAUGCAGCAAAUGUUGUAGCAGUCACAAUCAAAUGAAGAUCUUCAGAAGUCAUGAAAUAAGCUCUAUUCCAGUUGAAAAGUGGUCAAUUAAUCUAUUGAAGGUUUUCCAGCACCCAAUCAAAUGUGAAUCCCACAAAAAUCAGAACCUGAACUCUUUCUGUAAAUUAUGUAAGAAGGUAAUUUGCAAAGAAUGUAUCAAAAUCAGUCACAAGGAUUGCAAAGAAGCGAUACACACAGUGGAAGAGGCAUUCAAAAAUGUAAAUGAUUCACUCAAAGAUGAUUUGAAAACAAUUGAUUUACUUUCGGUUAAAAGGAGAUGUCUGCUAUUAAAACAAACACAGGAACAACAUCUGGAAGAUAUAGAUAGGGAAAUAGAUGCCUUAAAGGAACAAUGCUUAAAUACAUUGAAAAGUAAUUUUGAUGCAGUUAGGCUGGAAUUUCAAAAUAAAGCACAGAAAUUCAGAACUGGUUGCAACAAAACAAUGGAACAAAUAAAAGAGCUGGAAAAUUCCCGUAACAACAUAUGUUCUUUCAUUGAAGAUGCAUCAUCAUUGCAAAACAAAGUCGGGUUUCUUAAAUGUGCAAAUCAAGUGAAACACAGCACUGAAUAUUUGCGGGACAAUUUAAAACAAGUAGACAAUGUGGAUGAAAUAGACUAUCUCAGCUGGAUAAAGGAAAUAUUCAGUGACCUGCAUUUAUCUGUUGGAGAGCUGUGUGUGGACUUUGCAUUAGAUGUUGCAGAGGAGUGCAGUGGCUAUCCUUCAAUUCUGGAUAUUCUGAAAAAGUAUCGUUCUGUAACCAGGGAGAAGGAAAGGUCUAUUCAAAUAAACGAAAAUUCUUCAGAACAUCCCACUCUUUACGGUGUGAACUUUGAGAUGGAACAGUUUCCACGUUAUCAUUAUCAUUUUGAUUUGGUUCAAAAGAUACUUGAUAGUAAAGAACCAGUAGACAAGGAUGCCAUUACAUCUGAUGUAUCGACAGCUAUUCAUAGAACCAUUCUCGUAUCUGGAACAGUCAAAGAAAACGACCUGGAACUUCUAAAGCCAUUGACAGUUAAAAAAUUAUCCGACACAAAUGGUUACUUCGACGAGGGCAACAAUAACGCUAUUUUGAUAUUCUUUACUGGUGCAGAAAGUAGAAUUCAGAGUCUGGAGGAGGAACAACUCAUCGCCAGCUCUGCAUGGUCUCUCUUUAUAACACCAGAAACACAAUCAGGAGAAAAAUAUUCACGACUCAAAGAAGAUGGUCAUUUCUCUAUUGUGGCUCCUGACCUAGAUGCGAUAUGGAACAGUCUGACAUCGGCACUAGAGCUUCCUCUAAUAGAAAUUCUGAAAGAGAGAAAACGAAUUACAAAGUCAAGAAGAGAUUUUCUGGCAGACAUUGACACUGUCAUAAGACGUAUAGAAAAAUGUUCUGCCUUCACAGCCACACGGGCUAAACAGAGACCAACAGACAUUCCACAGGAAAUUAGAAGCGUCCUAAACAGGUUUGAAAAUCAUAUUAUCCGGUAUGGCUUCUACUUCAACGUUUUCCGAGUGAUCGUCAACGACAACCAUGAACAGGAUGUAAAAGAAGCUUUAACGGCUGCAGCUCCACUAAGUUUUUGUAAAAUAGUGGUUAUACCCCAAAACAAAUUUAAAGAAGAAGUCAAGCCGUUCACCGGCAAACUCCAAGCCCAGGGAGGGAAGCUAUAUCAGUCAAAUGAUCCGCGACCCAUGACAUCUUCCGACGACCUUUAUGGAACUCUUGGUUGUCUUGCAAUACUGAAUCGAGAAAGCACUGUUGCACUAUCUUGUAGACAUGUGUGCGUAGAACACAAUAUCGUAUACAUAGAAAAUGAAUUGAAUGAGAGAAUACCUUUAGGGGAAUGUAUUUAUAAAUCGGAAGGAAAUGUCCAGAAUAUUGAAAACGAUUUUGCUAUUGUAAAAGUUGAUCCAGAAACAGAGAAAUGUUUUUCAGAUAAACGAAUGUUUAAUCAUAUGGGGAAGCCAACAAAGACUGAAGCUUCUAAUUUACAAGACAGUUUGGAGUUAUUUGGAGAAAUUGUUCAUAAGAUAGGUGCCACUUCACGAUGGACUCAGGGUAAAAUUGUCUCUUCGGAAAUUAUAGAAAAUUUACACGGCGUCAUCGCAGUUCAGGGGAUGAAUGAUGAAGAGUUUGGUAAACCAGGGGAUUCUGGUUCAAUGGUGUUCCGAGAAUUGUUGGAUUCAAGAGAACGAAAACUGGAAGUCGUUGCUGUGUUAACUGCUGGUAAAUAUGAAUCCAGAUCCGAUUCAGAGGUAGAAACAAAAGAUGAAGAAGACGAACAAACUCCAACAUUGAACCUGGUCUUAUGUUCAGUAUUCAACACCGCUUUUGAACACUUGAAAAAAUGUGACUCCUCUUUGCAAUCCAUUACAUUUUUCAACGACUAAUCUUGAACACCAAAGAUAUAUAGAAAACUCCUCAUGGUUCUCAGAAGCAAUAUCGAGGCAGUGCAAUCAAAAUAUUUUGUUAUUUCAAGAGUGUCAUGUCAUGUUUGCAUCAUCGUUGCCAUCCUUGCUCCAAAGAAAAUAUAUUAUUUAAUAUUAAUGCUACCAUAUGACGAGAAUGGCAUCAAUAAUACCAUAUGAUUAGUCAAUACAACCUUUAUUGAGUGUGGCACGAAGUUUUUAGUACUUGAACUCCAAGCCCUCUUGAUAACUUGGAUCCGAUAUAGGAUGUAGGAUUAUUCUAGAUACCUUUCAAAUAUGGAUUCUAAAAUAAUUCUAGAGAACUCUUAGUAAAUUUAAAAUCACAAAACUAUUCUCAAAUCAACAAUAUCAACACGGUGACUUUUCAACUGUUUGCACCACCAUCUAAACCUUUUGAGAUCAUAGACGGUUGAUUCCUCAACAAAAACAGAAAAGGAAAUAUUCACAUUUAUACAUCAUAUUGACGAAGUUUUGUCUAUUAACAAUAACACGAAUUGUGUUCCUUUGUUAGCUGACCUGUUUUUAUAUUCAUAUGAAGCAGAAUUUAUUCAAAAACUUCUACUUAAGUAGAAAAAAUAUCUUGCUGUGGUCUUCUAUUCAACAUUUAGAUAUAUCGACGUUUUGUCUAUUAACAAUAAUAACUAUGAUUCACAUGUCGAUUCGAUAUAUUCCUAUGAGAUCGAAAUCAAAGACACAACAGAGUCGUCCACUUUUGCUUUAUUCUUAGAUAUUUUAUUGAAAAUAGACAUUAACGCAAACUGAAAACUCAAGUGUAUGACAAACGGGAUGAUAUCAGCUUCUCCGUCGUCAACUUCCCAUAUUUAUGUAGCAAUAUUCCAUUAGCACCUGCAUAUGGUGUUUAUAUCUCUCAACUGAUUCGAUACGCAAAAGCUUGUUCUGCGUAUGGUCAGUUUUUAAAUCGAGGCAACCUAUUGACAAACAAGUUGAUGGUGUAGGGGUUUCAACAGUUUCGAUUAAAGUCAGUAUUUCGCAAAUUCUAUUGUCGUUAUAUCGAUCUAGUUCGUCAUUGUAACCUAUCAUUGGGUCAAAUGCUGUCUGACGUGUUUCAUACCGAUUGUUAGACCGUUCAAGGUACACUGAUUUUGACUACGGAUAACUCCGCUUACCUUAUCAGAAUAUAGGGCUCACAGCGGGUGUGGUCGGUUGACAUGGGAUGUUUACUCAUCCUAGGCACCUGAUCCCACCUUUGGUGUGUCCAGGGGUCUGUGUUUUUCCAAAUAUCUAUUUUGUAUUGCUUAUAGGAGUUAUGAGAUUGAUCACCGUUCGUUAUCUUCAUCUUUCAUUUGGUAUGUCGGUAAGUUUAAUUUACUAUCAUGUAUUCACAACACCAUUCCUUGUUUGAAGCUCAUAUGCAUAUAGGCGAAUGUUAUGUACCGUAACUCUUCAUCUUCCCUAAAAAUGUUUUUUUUUUUUUUUAACUAUGGAAAAUGAAAGCGGAAACAUCAGUUUCAGGGUGAUAAAAUAAUUCUUCCUAGUUUUUCAUGAUAUUCCAUUGAAAAGUUUUCUUUGAAAAAAGAUAACGAAUACUGAAUAAAAUAUUGUGCCAUGGAAUUCAUCAUUUGGACGGAAACAGGAAAAUUUAGUGACUAUUUUCAUUUUGGGAUUUUCAUACUUAGAUGGUAAGCAAUGCAAAAUUAAUAGUUCAUUUGUAACAGAGAAUUAGUUUAACAGUCAAAUCAGGUAUUUGAAGCGAACAACAGUAUCAUCUAUAAUAAGUGCACAUUAAUCACAUGUACUUUAACCGGCCGAAGCUGAAAGAUAUAAUUAUAUUAUAUCGUUCCGAGAUUGGGUGAAGGCAUCAGUCCAAAUAUUCAGUCGAGAUUAGGUUUGUAGCUCAAUGGUUUUCCCCACAGAGAUGUAAAUCUGUAAUUACAACUCGUGUACAUAUUCAAAUUAAAAGUCAGAUCCAGGAUUUCCGGGAAAAAAAGGGGAAGACACAUUUGAAAGUCAAAGUAUUGUCUGUGCAGUGUUUGAAUGCUUUCAACAUUAUCAUCUGCGACUAAACUUUCAUAUAUAGCCGUGAUUAAUUAAAAUUGUCUUAUUAUAACUUGUAAUAUGAUCAACCCUUUCUUUGAGUUUCUACAUGGAAUGUAAAUUCGAAAAGUAUAGCGACUAAAUAUUCCCGGCUCUGAAUUUGAACAAGGAAGUUUUAAACGGUAUAUGCAAUUCUGUAUAUAAUCAUACUGAAGUUAUACCGAACAAUAGUCACGUUUUUUCUAGGUUUACAUUCGCUCCGCGGACGAUUGAAUGGUUGUUUCUUUUUUUAUUCAGAUGAAAUAUUUUUGUAAUGCAUUUCAGUACGUAACUUCCGAGAUAUCAGCUCUUCUGUGAUGAAGGUACAUAUACGUUUCGUAUUCUGUUAAACGCAUGGGUGGAUACAAGAUGUAUACAUGUAUUAUAGACUAGCUAUGCAAAUAAGGAUAAGAGUUAUAAAAGCGUAAAUUUUGUUUAUAUCAGCAGUUGGUAUACAUUCAACUGGCCAUAUCAAGAAUAACAUUUGUUUCAAUUAGGUCAUUAAAUUAAAUAUAAAAUUAUGUUUUAUUUCCUCUUCUGCACGAGUGAUACUUUUAUGUAAAAAAAAAAAUGGUGAUUAUAUCGAUUUUUGUUUGAGCUAUUUUAUCAUCGAAUACUAAUAAACUUAAUAAAAUUAUGUG